AUUCCGUUAGUUGACCUUGGAUAUCCGGUCCUGUAUUUUUCGGAAUGGCAGCAGCGGCACAAAAAAUCGCCAAUUGGGGCGUCAAAACAGUAACAAAAGUGGCCACAGGCACGGCUAGCUUUGCUGCACCAAGAGCAAAGACAUUCAUGAAAUAUGCCCGAGUAGAACUUCGACCCCCAACACCAGCAGAGAUGGGAGAAGCCUCACAGAGUUUCCAAAAGUUAAUAAAGUCAGCUCAGACUGGAAAAUGGCAAACUGUAACAACACAGGAAGCCCUAAGGAACUCAUUAAUCACUUUAGAAAUUGCCUGCUGGUUCUUUGUAGGAGAAAUUAUAGGCCGCAGAAGUCUAGUAGGAUACAAUAUACCAGGGGCAGUGUUCUAUGAUGAAGAUUUCUAGACAAUUUAUAUAGACUUGUACAGUAGCACCAUAUCUUAUAGGACAGUACACUAAAUAAAUUAUUGCUCGAGUGAGCAUAAAAUACUUCAGUAUAACAGCGAUAUUCUGUCGUGUUAUAGUUCACUUGCAGUUUUGGAUAUGGGAGAUUCAUGUGGUUUGAUGUCUCCUUGAUUCACAAUAAAGAAAAAGAUUACAAUGUUUGCCAAACAGUCCAUCUUCACCGAUUUAAUGUGUAGAUUGUUAUUGAAAUAUAAAUUGUGAAUGAUUUUA